AUGAGGCCCGCGGUGAGCACACGUCGCGGGGCGGGCAAGCGCGCGGGCGGCGCGGGGGUGCGGGGGAGGGUGUUUGCACCGCGUUUGAUCGGCGCCGCCGCUUUGACAAUUAUUAAAAUUUGCCUCGUACCUCUCGGGUCUCAUCUUUUUCCGUCGCCUCGAUUACGCCACGGGAAAGAGAGAGUUACCGUGGACGAUCGUGCAGCAACUAACGAUUACUCUAACACCGUAAACCACAGUUUAAUGUAUCUACCUGGUCUGGCAUCAAUGAUGGAAGUGAGUUGGUCGACAGCGCUAAUGGAGUUCAACGGU